AUGCGAUCAUUAUUACAUGGGUGUAGCACCCCCUUCGGUGUUUUGACCCGAAGCCAGCAAUGGACACCUCGCCUGAAGUCUCAAGCAUUAACUUCUUCCACACUACGGUCAAUUGCCUCUAAAGCGUCUGCACAGAAGCCGCCCCUGCACUCAAUUCUCUCUACGACAGUGCGGUCCAGGAUAACUGGCAGCUCCGUCGAAACCUUUCACUGUCCUCCGCCUCUAAGGGGACGCGUACAUGCGCGGUCAUUCAGGAAGGCCAACUACAUUGAGAAGAUUCGAGACAAUGAAAAGACAGAGGAAAUUUUGGAGACUCUCUCGGAGAGAGAAGACUUGCCUCCUUCUCCUCGAUCGAAUGAGCCAGAGAUAAAUGAAAAGAGCCCCGACAAAGGCUCCGAGGCAGAUAAGUGGAACGAUCAUUUGACUAAGGGGAAAUUGUUAACCACACCAUCGCGCCUCUUCAAAUUGAUCAUUCCGUUGACAACGCUAGAAAGGGGCAGUGAUAAAGGAAUCGAACCCAUCGGCAUCCUCGUCCACCCCCAGCAACCCCUGUCGUAUCUCGAGAAGCUGAUUCAAUCCGAGGUUCCCCCGAUUGAAGGCGAGCAUGGGAAGCGGCCGCCCGCAAUAUCGUUCAUCGCACUCCAACACGAGGACAAUGCCAUCAAACCGAAGAAGAGGGUGGAGGACCAGUUCGAUCGCAAAGUCAGUCCCAAGGACGUAGACCGCGAGGGCCACAAGAACGACAAGCCUCCCCAGGGUAUCGAAGGCCGCGCCCCCGUCGAACAGCGUCGGCGAUCACGAGAAGAAGAUGCGGAGACCUACAGCUAUCCUCGAAAGACCGAUUCCAGUCUCGAUCCGCUCAACGGGGAAGCCGAACGAUUUGUGCGAUGGUCGCAAGCCACCGAGAUCGGAGACUUUAUCCGUGACGCGGCCCGAGCUGGAGAAUUCAUCGUGACGAUUGAGGGUGCGCCCGCGGGAUUGGGCCAGAUCCGAGUGACCGUACCAUCGUUCCAGGAGCGCACAUACUUCCUGCGGCUGCGGCUGCGCAAGCUCUCACAACGAAUCCAGAGUAUCGCCGACAUCAAGAAUGAAUGUGACGCUAUGGCCCACAGCGGUGCUCAACGGGUGGCGAUUGGUGGAUUCGGCAUUCUGGCGACGUGGUGGUUCACUGUGUACAAGCUGACCUUUGAAACCGAUCUGGGUUGGGACGUGAUGGAGCCGGUCACCUAUCUCGUCAGUCUGUCCACACUGAUGGGUGGUUACCUGUGGUUCCUCUACCACAACCGUGAGAUUUCGUACAAGUCCGCGCUCGAUUUUACCGUCAGCACCCGUCAACGAAAGCUCUAUGAGAAGCACAACGUGGAUCUUCAGCUCUGGCAGUCCCUGAUUGACGAGGGAAAGAGUAUCCGUCGGGAGAUCAAGAACAUUGCUGCCGAAUAUGACGCUGAAUGGGAUGAACGUGUCGACGAGCAAGAUGAACGCGUGACCGAGGCAUUGCGCUCGGACAAAAAGAAGGAUGAGCAAAAGAAGAGCAAGCAUGGUCGAGACACCGAAGAGGAAUAA